AUGCUGCUACACCUGAGCGCCCGCUUUGACCCGCAGAGGGAUGCGGCGUCCUGGCUGGCGGGACAAUUUCUGGCCGCAGCCCCUCGAGGCGCUGACGCUGACAACCUUUUGGAGAGUUUAGAGACACUACACAUAGUAAACGUUGAAAGAAAUGGAAAUAUUAUUUAUACCUUGAAGGGUAUUUGGGGGCACACCAGUAUUGGAUUGUAUGAUCCCAACAGCAAAACAAAUGAGCACCUAUAUACUUUUGAAAAAGAUCUGCAUGUGAUCAGCUGUUCGGUCAACAAUGAAAAGACAUUACUUGCUGUCAGUUUUCUUCAGUCAACAGAAGAAGCAAGAACGGAUCUGCUAUUUCAACCAGUGUCGAAAUGUCUGACGUUGCUCAUUGAAAUUUGCCCAGUUAAUGACGUGAAAGUUUUAAAGGCUGUGGAUAGCCGCAUCAGAGUGCAAUUUCUAUAUCCAGUUGCAGAAGCACAUGCUUUUCCAGAGAGUUGUCUCUUACUCAUUUCAGAAGAUAAAUAUGUUGAAAAAUUUGACAUCAGAGUUGUCAAAGAAGGACACGCAGCAGUGAUUGAAAAUUCCAGUCACCUUCUAAAAGAGAAAAUUGCUGAUGAUUUCAUUUGGAUCCAGUGGGAUACACUGGAGCAAAGACUAUUCUACAUUGUCCCAAAGGGAUCGAGGGAUAUAUUAAACUGUGUCCAGUUUUAUCCUGAUAAAAGCUUUACAUUGAUACUUGAAGUACCUUUGGAGAUUUCCCUGACUGACACAGGAUUAAAACUUGUGAACUUGGACUAUGACUAUUAUCAAAGGCAAGAGACAGGACCUCAGCCUUUGAAUCUACAGGUUUUUACAAGUGAAAAGGGAUGCAUGUGCCUAUGUCACUGUAUGGCUCCUGUUAAUCCUGGGGAAGUGUCUUAUUCUGUGUUCUUUUUGCAUAAAGGUUGUGGUAAAACAUAUACUGUUGCUUUGGAAAGAAUGGAUUCUUUGCAAGUGAAAGAUCUAUUGUUUUUGAAUCUUGAUUAUUAUGUCGCUGUCUUCUUGCCUGGACACUUUCUGCAUCUUGUUAACACUCAGUAUCCUGACUUGAUGUGCUGUAACUUCUUCCUGACAGGUGAAGAUGCAAAAAUUAAUGGAUUGCACAAGAGUGCUAUAGUUUCCCCUCUCAAAUCAGUGGUCUUGGAUCUCAGCACAGGAAGAAUGUUUACUCUUGAAAUAAGCAAGCAAGCUUUGUUACAGUUCCUGUGGAACAGCAAGUUGGAUGGUGACAGGAUGGCCACGUUGCACUGUCUGCUGCUGCAUGUUGGGAGCACAACAGAGUCAGAAACUGAGAUUAUUAAGUGGAUUUCUGAGAACAUUUCAACUUGUUUUACAUUUGACCCUAUACAGGAAUUUAUUAUUGCUUCUUUGUACUGGAGAAUGUGUCCAGAGGCCGUCAAUCUGGAUAAACAUUUGCCAUAUACAUCACUCGUGUGCUGGAAUGAGCUCAUUCCUGGAAUAACAUGCACAACUCACAUUAUCUCGUUACCAGUACUGAAGGUGCAAAAUUGCAAAGGUUUCUGGGGAAAGCUGAUUUCAAUCCUGGAAUGUGUGAAGUACGAUGAGUCACACGUGCGUUUCAACAGCAAAGUGCUUUGGAGGGAGUGGGAGAAAUUGCAUUUGAAGAAGAGGACUGAAGUGAAGGGAAUCACAACAUAUAUGGCAACUGUAUUUGAAUACGCGAAAAAGGUGCAUUCCAACUUCAAUACAUGGAGAACAGAAGGAAGGCUGGUUCCUCUCUUCAAAGAUGAAGAUGACCAGCAACAGUUGCUAACAGGACUGAUGGCUGUCCAGUUGAAAGAUCAUCUUAUGAGACACCUACCAUAUGUCAGCAAAAAGAGGAUUGAAGAGAUUGCUGUGGAUUAUGUUUCAAAACUGCUGGAUUUAACGUAUCGGAUAAUGGAAAAUGUUUGGAAGAAGUAUAAUCUUGAUUCCUGGGUCUUUUCUCUUGGGCAGCGAGGCACUUCGAACGAGAUUCUUGUGUUCCACUUCAUGUGUCGGAUGCUGCAUGCUGCAAGUGGGAUGUGUCUGCCUCUGCCUCCUGGGUUUCAUACGCUGCAUACAGGACUGGGAGUGCGCUGUCUUCCUUUGUAUACACUGCUGCUGUACAUUGAUCAAGGAGUGCUGCACCUAACAGAAACAUGUAUUUUGAAACUCCUCAAAGAGCUGGACAAUACUGAAAAGAAAGAAAAGCUGAAGCUUGGUACCCUCACAAGGCUUCCUGAGGCAAUCAGUAACAAGAUUGGUCAGCUGCCCAAUCAUCCUGUUGGCUCCACCACUGUUGUGCGGAACUACGUCAAACUCUUGUUUGAGAAACUCAGGAAUAAAUGGCCCAAUAUGUUACUAGUGGACAGAUCAUCAGCCCAAAUUGAGUUUCUUCCUCUCAACUACUUGGUCACCAUAUUGACAGAAGUGGAUCAUCAAGGACAGGUGGCUUCUGUGGAACGAGGUACCGUGAAUGUGAGACUUGUUGAAGAGGUAGCCCUGAAGCACACUACAAUGCUCUUGGGCCUUUAGUACUGCUGCUCAAAGAUGAAU